AUGUGGCUGCCCAAAGAGGUCCGGGGACCGGCUGAGCGGCAUCACGGUCACGGGCUGGCGUUCUGCGCCUGGCGCCGGCGAAUCCGGCACCAGCGGAACGUUCAGGGCGUCCUCCUGAAGGAGCGUGGUGAGCUUUCCGACAUGCUGAAUGUGUGGUUGACUUCUGGAGAAAUGUUGGCAGAGUUCCCCGUGCAUGGGCUGACAGAUGUAAAGUCCCUGAAGCAGGAUUUGCGGAGGAAGUGUGGAGUGGCGCGAUUCAGGCAGCGGCUUCUGAAUGCUGGGGUCCUUAUGGAGGAUAGCACCAGGCUUGUAUCAGCGAUGGAUGUGCAGCUUAUCUUGCUUCCCUUCAUCAGUGCCUCGGCAGACCAGCGCGAUGAGCUCAUCGAGAGCAUCUACGAAGAUGCUGUGACCCAUGUUGAGGAGAUCUUACAGCGACCCCAGGAUCCCGACCUGACGGCUAGUGAAAGCGAGAACCCCUUGAUGCUGCCCAUCGUCUUUGCUGCCAGUCUAGGCCACACUGAAAUUGUGCGGCUAUUGGCUGAGGCCGAGGCGGAUAUAAAUGAACUCGGAGGCCAUGGACAUCCUGAUCACUAUCAAGAAUCCGCCACGGCUCUCAUAAAGGCCUGUGAGCACGGUCACUUGGAAACUUCUCGUGCGCUCUUGGAGCUUGGGGCCUUUGUGGAUGAAUAUGAAGGGGCCGAGUGUGCGACAGCUCUGAUCCGUGCGGGUGAGCAAGGGCACGUGAACGUCGUGCGCUUGCUCCUAGCGGCUCAAGCACAGGUCAACCAGCAACAGCGACGUGGCAGGACGGCUCUUGUCUGCGCGUGCUUCCGAAACCAUCUGGAAACUGCCCGGGUGCUGGUGGAGUUCGAGGCUGACGUGAAUGUUCCGGACAACCUCGGCAUGACUGCAUUGGGUUGGACAUCUGGCGCAGGCCAUGCAGAAGUCGUGCGCCUGCUGCUCCGAGCCAGAGCCGCCCCUGAACUGGAAAGUGAUGUCGGCCUUACAGCUGCUAUGUGCGCAUCCAUGCGGGGCCAUUCGGAUAUCGCAGGGCUUCUUCUUAAGGUUUGCGAUGCCUCCAACCGUGCUCCGAUGAAGGCAGCCGCAAUUGCUGCCGCGUCUCUCAUGGGCCAAACACGGACCGUACAGUUCUUACUGGAUGCGAGAGCAGGAACGGACGUGCCAGACGGCGGAAGAUGUGUUGCUGUCAUCUGCGCUGCAGCGUCUGGUCAUGUGGAAACAGUCCGGAUUCUCUCGCAGGUCGGUGGGCGUGCGACCCGCCAGUACACUGAUGACACCUUGGCGUUAUUGAGCGCAGCUGAUCGAGGCAACGUAGCGUUGGCAUGUGUAUUGCUCGAAAAUGGGCUCUCGAUGCACGCAGGCCAUGCUGGGCUUCAAGCCCUCGUCUCUGCGUCUAUCAAUGGGCAUGAAGAAAUGGUGGCGCUGCUCCUGCAGGCCAAGGCUGGCGAAGAUGUUGUCACUGACGGCGUCCGAGCGGCAAUCGCGUGCCUCUGCGCCGCAAGCCAAGAUCAUCGAGGGCUCGGGGCAUGGCUCAUUGAGACGCACAGCAUUGUGCGUGGAGAGAUGGUGGGCAACGAGUGGCCGAAGUUGUGCCGCUUCUUAAAUCCUGCAAGCCACGUGUGCUGA